GCCUUUUGUUCAUCGACGUCUGCUUCGUCGUUGUCCCUCGUCCUUUUCCUUAGAGUCUUUGCUUCAAUUGCGCAACGAGAUACAGCUUGUUACCCACCACACCUCCACACACAACAUACACAAUGAGCGGCCAGCCAACAAUACCUCCGCGCCCGUCCCGCGCUCAGAACAGCCCAGCACCCUCAUCGACUCACAUGGACGUGCCCAAGAUCCCCCCGCGUCCGAACCGCGGCAUCGAGCGUUCCGUGUCCCCGCACCGCGACACAUUUGCCCGCUCGCCUCUGAACGACCCAACGUUCCUGCACAAUGGCCCGCCCAAGGACAGCAGCCGUCUCAGCACGGAGCUGCCGCCCCGCCCUCCAAGCGUCUCGAUGCCCUCACUCGGCGAAGAAGGCAACGAAUACGCCAGCUUUGACGACCUCUCCAAGACGCUCACUAACGAGAACGAGGCCCAGCUGCAGGGCGUGCCCCAACAGACCAAGAGCAUUGCCGGCGACCUGCCCCUCUACGCCCCCACAGCCUCGGUCCCCAGCUCCACGGCCAAGAGAAACAUCGCAGCCGUGACCCGCACCGACUCGUCGACGGCUAUGGCAGCCGGCUUGGGCAAGCCUGCAUCUGACGACAAGGCGGCUCAGGGCAAGAGCAGCUCGCGCCCCUCCUCGCUGUACAACGAAAAGGACGCACGCGGCAUCCCGGAAAUCGGCGUCCAGGUGCCCAUGUUCCGCAAUGCCGGAGACGUCCAGGCCCCCACGCCCUCGCCAUUCGAGCAGCAGAGCGCCUCGACCGGCGUCGGUUUCCACAACAAGCCCAGCGGCCGCCACCAUGGACGCACAAAGAGCGGCCGCGAGAUCUUCCAUGGCCCGCCUGGCAGCUACGGCAUGCACGGUCACGGCGUCAUCUCCAAAGACGAGUUCGAGCAGAAGUGGUACGAGAAGCAUCCCGAGGACCUGAAGCGCGAGAAGGCCGGCGAGUAUGGUCCACACAUCCAGGAGAACAGGAAAGACUACCAUUGGCGCUCCGACAACUUGGAGAAGCUGGUGCACACUCGCGGGCAGGACGCGUCAAUGGGUACUUCUCACGAAGCUGUCAGCACUCCCGACGAGCAGAUCGGCUACAUGGCCACCGAGGCCUACGCCAUGAGAAUGGCAUCCCCAAGGCCGGCAUCCUCGGCUCGCCCUGCAUCAAUCAAGGGUGGACACGUUGACUCUCCCCUGCGUCAGGAAGGUCAAGCAACCGACAAGUCUGCCUCAGAACAGCGCGACGACAACGGUGAGGUUUACCACAUUGACCCGCCGGCCCAUCGCAGCAGCAAGAUUCACGGUGGAGGCUACGACCCACCAACGGCAGACCUUGGCCCUGAGGGCGGCAACACAAGCGAGGAGGGCGGCUGGGUGACGGAGCGCGGAUACGGCACCCCCAUCCUCGCCUCUGACGAACUGAAAAAACGUGGCAGCUCCGAGUGGAGACAGCCUGCCGUGUCGCCCGAGCUGGAACGCCGUGGUGACGAGUACACUGUAAACGAGGAUGGCACGCCGGCGUACAUCACAAAACCUCGCCCUCUUAGUAGGAGUUCGAGCCAAACACGUGUACAGCGCGUCGUUCCCAGCCCCGCCCACUUCGACCGGGGCGGUACUCCCCUCGAAUCGCACAAGGAAUACGAGCCUCUAUUCCCUGAGGACGAGGACAGCACGAAGAAGCCCAAGUCACAAGCCGACAAGCUCAAGCGACCCAGUGCACGCCAUCAGUUCCCCAGCCAGGACGUCUGGGAAGACACGCCUGGCAGUCUGCAGCUGGAGACGACCGUCGAGACACCUCAAGCACCCGAAGAGCACGAAACUCCGGUUGCCCCUGUCAGCGCUGCCAAGGUCUUCGAGAAGCCUGAAACAGAAGAGCGACGCAAGGAAGACAUCACCAAAGAGGAUCAGCAAUCCUUCCUUCCAGAGCACACAAAGCGUUUCGCGGCCGCCAACAAGCACCUUACAACAGCUAGGAAUGAGCGUCCUGGAAUGCAGCAACGCUUCCCCAGUCAAGAUAUCUGGGAGGAUGCCCCUGACCACGGUCACCUCGAGACGACCGUCAGCACGCCGCAGAUUGACGAUACAAAUGAGUACGCUCCCGAAUCUCCCGUACUCGAUAAACCCAUAAUUCCCGCUCGUCCCAGUGUUCCUUCUCGACCACAGAAGGCGGAGGCUUCUCCGGUGGACAGGAAAGCUCCUGUUAUGCCUGAACGACCCAAGCCUCAACUCCCAGCUCGUCCCACCAAGUCUUCCACCAACUCCUCAGAGAAGGUUCCAACAUUGGGUUCUCAGGCCGAGAACGAUGGGUCGCAGCCCAAGGCCAAGUCUCUAGUCCCUGGUCGACCGGGUGGCUCUAAGAUCGCUGCUCUCCAAGCCGGCUUUAUGAAAGACCUCAACAGCAAACUCGGUCUUGGACCGCAAGUCCCCAAGGUCAAAGAACCAGAACCGGAAGAAGAGGAGCCGGCGCAACCCCUCACUGAUGCUCGCAAGAGCAGGGCGAAGGGCCCCCAGAGGAGGAAACCGGCUGCUUCGCCGGCUCCUGCUGCCACUAUUACCGCAGAAGUUGCGGUGCCCCGCCCUAACUUGGAGAUUGGUCCCGUGACGGCGAUCUGGAGUUUCGGUGAAGAUGGCCUUCUGGACGUCCCGGCUGCCAAGAUGGCCGCCAAGAUCCAACAGGCACUGGAGAAGCCAAAGCAGGUGCAAGAAAUGGUGGAGAAGCCAAAGCAAGUCGAAGAAUCGCCGGAGAAACCUAAGCAGGUGGAAGAACCACUCGAGAAGCCCAAGCAAGUGGAAGAGCCGCUGCAAAAGUCUGAAGGUGUGCAAGAACCACUGCAGAAACCAGAAUCCGUCAAGGAACCGUCGAAGCAGUCUGAACAAGUGGAGGAACCGUCGAAGCAGCCUGAACCUGUGGCAGAGCCGUCGAAGCAACCUGAGCCUGUGGCAGAACCAAGUUUCUUCGCGUCUGCUAUGGCAAGGGUUGCCAACGUUGUGACUGGCAGUGCGGAGCCCGCCAAGCCAACUGCACAGGAUAGUCAAGUCGCUCCUGCCGUCAAGUCAGAGGAGCCGGCUACCAGCAAGACGGCUACAAGUCCUGUCGAUGCUCCUGACCCACUUUCCAAAGCUAAGGAGAUUCUUCCCACCCUCAAACCAGAGGAGCCGAUUGCGAACACAGUUCCAAGCUUGGCCGACGCUCCCAACCCGCUCGCCAAGGCUAAAGAGAUGCUUCCCACCCUUAAGUCAGAGGAGCCGACAGUGAGCAGCCCAACUACAGGCUCUGCCGACGCUUCUAGCAUGCUCUCGAAGGCUGAAGGGCUUCUCCCCACCAUCAAACCUGAAGAGCCACUUGUGACUCAAACCGCUUCAGGUUCCGCUGAGGCUCCUGGUGCGUUCCCGGCGGGUGCAAGUGGAGUCAAUGCUCCGAGUGCUGGGUCUUCGCUUGGGCAGAAGACUCAGGCGGAGCCGUCGGUCAAGUUGGCCAAUGAGGACUUUUUGGAGAAGAAACAUGAACCUGCUACGGGUUCUGUUGUGAAGGGAGAUACUUUGUAAAUACUGUCCUUUGUGAAUCGAUGAAUAGUAUUGGAGAGCAAGGGGUAGUAAGCGAACUGAUGUUGUUUGGUAUUCUGUCCAGCAUGGAUAGUAGAACUGUUGUUAGCAUGUAGCUCCACAUUUGAAAAGUGUUCAGUCUAUCGCAUGGAGACACU